AUGCCUUUUCGUUGCAAGUGUGGAAGAACGUUUGAAAAGACCGACACCUUUGCCUCACACACAUCGGCGUGUGCUCCGUUCCAUCAACGGCGUAUCUCGCCCUCGUCCUCGUCCAACGCGACUGCCAACGGCACUGUUGACAUGGCGUCGUCCAUGCCGAGCUACUUUAUGCCGACCGGUCUGUCGCUACAGCAUGCGUUUGAAGGCGCCAGAAGGCGGUCCAUGUCGUACGGUAGCACCAAUGCCUCACUGAAAUAA